AUGGAAGCGCCUUUGAGCAAGAGGAACCCCGCGUUAAGAUUAGCGGAUUUGGCAGCCGCUCAAGUCGUCCCUCAGCAGAACAUGACGGGCUUCCCGGGGCUGGGGGGGCAUCACCCUCUCUCCCACCAUGCCCACCUCCACCCUGGGGAGCUGACCAACGACCCCGGCGCGGCGCUCACUCCAUUCGGACCGGAGCACAUGGCCCAGAGCGGUGCGCUCAAACUUAGCCCGUCGCAGCACAUCCAGAGCCACCACGAGGCGGCGGCGGCGGCGGCGGCGGCGGCGGCGGCGUCCUUCGCUCCGGCGCAGAGCAGCGCGGCUUUCCCCGUGGCGCAUCAAACGCACCCGGGCUACUCGAGCAGCAGGGACCUGCUCCUCCGCAGAGAACUGUCAGCCUCCGCCAUGCACGCGCUCGGCGAUCAGUCCGCCGCCCCCCCCCACCCCCACCACCACCCUCACCACCACCCCCACCAUCACCCUCACCCUCACCACGGCGUCUUCAUCUCCCCAACAGGUGCGUACGGCCACGCGGACGGCGGGGCCCACCCGCUCUUCUCGGGGCUCCACGAGCAGGCGUCCCCGGGCUCGCACCCGCACCCGCACCCGCACCCGCACCACCACGCCCUCAACGGCCAGAUGCGCCUGGGACUCCCGGGGGACCUCUACGGCAGGUCGGAGCACUACGGAGCCUCCGCGCUGCACGGCUACGGCGGCGCCACCGGGCCCGCGGGGGCCUUCCUGCGCUACAUGCGGCAGCCCAUCAAGCAGGAGCUCAUCUGCAAGUGGCUCGAGCCGGAGCCGCGCAGUCCCAAGAAGCCCUGCUCCCAGACCUACGGCACCAUGCACGAGCUGGUCAACCACGUGACGGUGGAGCACGUCGGCGGGCCCGAGCAGAGCUCCCACGUCUGCUUCUGGGAGGAGUGCCCGCGCGAGGGCAAGCCCUUCAAGGCCAAGUACAAGCUCAUCAACCACAUCCGCGUGCACACGGGCGAGAAGCCCUUCCCGUGCCCCUUCCCCGGCUGCGGAAAAGUCUUCGCCCGCUCCGAGAACCUCAAGAUCCACAAGCGCACGCACACAGGUGAGAAGCCGUUCAAGUGCGAGUUCGAAGGCUGCGACCGGAAGUUCGCCAACAGCAGCGACCGGAAGAAGCACUCGCACGUGCACACGUCCGACAAGCCGUACUACUGCAAGGUGCGCGGCUGCGACAAGUCCUACACGCACCCGAGCUCCCUGCGCAAGCACAUGAAGGUGCACUGCAAGAGCCCCCCGCCCCCGCACGACGCCACCACCUACGUCCCCGGAAACCCGCUCGGGGAGACCCUCACCCCCCCGCCGCCGCCGCCGCUGCCGCCGCAGAGGAACCGCUGCGCCGGCCUCUCCCCGCAGGUGAGCAACCUGAACGAGUGGUACGUGUGCCAAGGCACCGGAGGGGGCAUCCACCGGCACCCGCAGCAGCACCUGCACUCCCCCUCCAGCGACGUGCCCACCUCCGAGUCUGAGGACGACCACUCGUUUAGAGAACAGGACCCCAGGACGGUGCUAUGAUUGACACAACAGCUGCAAAAAAAAACAAAACAAAACAAAAAAAAAUCCCGAAUCAUCGAAGUGGACGCAGCUGCGUCCGAAUUUGAAAGUUCGGGAUUGGAAUUCCAUCAUUUUGUGCAGGCUUGGCCAACAUUUGACUGUUUUCAAAAACUCAAUUCAUGGAAAAAUGUUCAUUAUCGUCUUGGUUUGGACAAAUGUGCACGGAAAUGAUCUUGCAGCCCCAAAACAACCCACUGGCCUUAGGUUUCCCACCCCUCAUUUAUUGUGUAAACGAACUACUUCAAAAAAAAAAAAAAAGCAAUUCUGAGCUAUCUUCUACUUUAAAAAAAUAAUGAGGUACAGAUUUUGCUAACAAGAAAAUACGUCUCAAGGGUUGUCAUUGUGUUUUGGACGAAUUGUUUUUGUAAUAUUUAAGAGGUAUUUAAGUCUAUAUUUUAUGCAACAACAACAAAAGUCCCUGGGGACCCUGAAAAAAAAAAUAAAAGACUGACAGGCUUGUUUGGAUUUGAAGGUUUGCGCGCGUCCUCCUUUUUGUCAAUGUUGUAGACUUGAACGAGACAAGAAACAUAUUUGGUCUUUUUUGUAUAUUGUAAUUUAUUUGCUGGUUUCAAUGUUGUACUGAAAUUACAGACGCACCAAAGAAAUAAUAGUAAUAAUAAUAAUACCAGUUUUUGUGGUAGCACCCUGCUGAUAUUUUUGUAACCUUUGUUAUAUAUUUUUUAAAAAUGAUUUGCAGAUUUUUUUUUAAUGAAAAUACAUUUUUGUCCUGUAAAAAUAUUGACUUGAAUAGGCUGUGUAAUGUGAAACUUUCCUUUUUUUUUGUAGAUAUCUCUCGCAUGCCUUUUUUUAUUUUGGGAAUAUUAGUGAUGUGUCUCUUUUGUUGAGGUGCACGGUGCCAUUUGUACAUGAUGCAUAUUUAAAAAAAAUAUGAAAAAUGGGGAAAAGACGACUGUGCGACCGUUGGUGUUCAAAU